GUCAUGAAAUUUCCUCAUGAAACAGUACGCGGUUUAGAUGCUAGACGAGGGCGGCAGCGACGAGUUCCACCGCCGGCCAGAGCCGCCGAGCACCGCCAUCGACACAACCACUCCCAGGGUGCUAACCAUCCUAUCCUACGUUCUCGAAAAGCUGGUGGCACGAAAUGACCAGCUAAUGCUCGACCACCACGAUAAUGGACUCACCAGCAACGGCGGCGAAGGCGGCCCGGUACUGGGAAAGAACUUUAACGCAUUUCACGGAGUGAGAGCGCCGAGUAUAAGUAUACCGAAGUAUUUGGAGAGGUUAUACAAAUACACGAAUUGCAGCCCGUCUUGUUUUGUGGUUGGGUAUGUGUAUAUUGACAGAUUGGGGCAUAAGUAUCCUGAUUCUCUUCUCGUUUCUCUCAAUGUUCAUAGGCUGCUUGUCACCUGUGUCAUGGUUGCUUCCAAAAUGCUCGACGAUGCACACUACAACAACGCAUUCUAUGCCCGGGUUGGAGGAGUAACCAAUGAAGAAUUGAACAGGCUAGAAUUGGAACUUCUUUUCUUGCUAGAUUUUGGAGUUAAUGUGAGUUCGCGAGUUUUCGAAAGUUAUUGCCAGUAUUUGGAGAAGGAAAUGUUGAGCAAUGGACCAAACCUCAAGAUUGAAAGGCCAGUUUCAGUUAGUAGCACUAAUGUUGAUGAUGCAACUGAAAUUUCAGUUGAAGAUACUAACAUUUCUUCACCAUCCCAAAUCCCAGAUUGACUACUUGAAUCUGUGAUGAAGUUAAAGAAAUUCUAACAUGGUUCAGAAAAAAAGGAAGAAUGUCACACCCGAAAUUCAAUCCAACCCCAUUUCGGACAAUGUAACUCUGCUUUUGUUUCAACCUUCAUAUAUCCGUGUAACUUAUCUUGUUACUGAUUUGAGUUUUUGUGCAUUAGGACAAACCUAUUGUACCAUAACACAAUUUAGUGAUUUAUACCAUCGCACAUACAAGUUCACAAAAAAAAAAAAAAAA